AUGCCUGCGUAUCUAACUACGAAUCCAGGAACACCAGUUUCGGGGGAAGCUUUCACAUUCGGAAACCUUUAUCAAAUUGACAAUUUUUCAUUUAUAUUACACUAA